CAGGAAGUUACAUUUUAAGUAUUCACCAUCUGAACUAGCAUUAUAGCGCCCCCUGUUGAAUAAAAUUGUUCUACUUCCCCUCUAUUUUAUGAUUCAAUUGGACUGCACUGGAAUGGAUGUGUUACUAAAAUGUACUUACUGAGGUUUUAGUAGACAAACAGAUAUUGGGUGAGUGUAAACUAAAAUGUUGGCCUUCUAGUAUUAUUGACUUGUAAAUGAGGCGUGUCUAUUAAAUAACAAGACUAGGUUUAUGUAAAUCAAACCAGCUUUAAACAAAUUAUUUAAUAGCCACACAUCCGUAUAUAGUCUUACAGUUUAUUCUUGUUACAGGUUUCAUGCAUGUGAGUUGAAAUGUUUUUGCCCAGAUGACAAAACACACUGGAUAGAUACUUUGUAUACAAGCUAAUCUUCUUAGUAAGUUUUUCCCCAAUUUGAUAAAAGCGUAUCAUUUUCCACCUAAAAAUGUGUAUAUGCUGUUUUUUAUUCUACUGCUUAAAAGUACGUACUGUCACUGCUUUGAAAAAUUUGCUUUGCAAAUAUUCAGACAACAUUCAGAAUCCUUGUCGGCUGGCGACACAAUGUGAUCUUCUCAUCCCCCUUUUUGCUUUGAUUUUAUUAAGGCUCUGGCAAUGAGUUGAAUUGAAUCAUGACAAUCUCUGCCAAAGCCAUGAGUCCAGUCACAGCAUUAUUUACAGUGCGUAGUGGCAUUAGCUGUGUGUGGAAGAUUAGGCAGUACACAAGAGCUUAGUUUAAGUGUUACUUACUGCUCUCUGCUUCCUCACUCUGUGGUCAGGGAAAUCGCCUCCACUGGGACAGCUUCUAAUGGCUUCAUGUCUGUUGACCUUGCAAGGAUGAUGAUGACUUAUAGUUUGCUGGUCAGUUCCCAGAUCCAUUGGCAGAUUUUUCACGGGAAGUGAUUGCACCAAAAGACUGGCACGAUGAGGUUUUAUCCACUGCUGCUGUUGUCAUUGUUUGGAUCCUUCCAGAGAGGAAACUGUCAGACGCCUGGAUGGAUUGGAGAGGUAGAAGGUAGUGGUGAGACAGAAUGGAUUCCCGAACCAGAUUACAUAGAUGACACAUAUUGGUCCGGGUCAGCACCUCUUUGUGUAGGAGGCUGUAAGGCGCUACACCAGGAACUGAGGAGAGAUCGCUGUGGGGACUCGAGCUGCUGCUGGCUCGGCUACAAGUCCCUGUGCAGAGUGAACUGUGGGCGUCCAGAUGUGGACUAUAAUGGUGUAGUUUACGGUAAUGACUGGUGGGUGGGCUCUGUGGUGAGGUACGCCUGUCGCCCUGGCUUCAUGCUGGUGGGAGAGCCUACCAGAUUUUGCCAGCCCAAUGGUCUCUGGACACCGAGACCUACCUGCCUCCGAAUGUGUCAGCGGGGACGCAUUGAAGUAAGCGAGAGGGAACUAAAUGGGACCUGCAACUCCACCUGCGCUUAUAAGAGCUACUUUGGCCCACCCAAACAAGGCUGCACUCGGAUGAACAACUGCAAGAAGAAGGAGACGGGCUGGAAGAGGUUCUUUGCGCAAUGUGUCCCAUGCAUUUGCGACUGCGCUAUAUCAUGUGCAUCUGCAGGUUAAAACAUGGAGAAAACCCUAUGUUGACUGUACAGUGAGACAUCAGAUGAAGAAGAAAUAUGCUGAAAACUUGCAUCAGUGCACCAAAAUCUGGAUCUUUAAUCUCUCUUGCACACUGAAGCCAACAAUUCCUCCAUGGUUUCUGUAUACAGGAUUUUACACUAUAACAAGAAGAUUUCAGUGCUUGGGGUUCAGAUCCCUCAGUAGUGAAUUAUAAGCAAAGCAGAACUUUUAAACUGAUCUGUGUGAUGUAGGUUGGCGAGAGGGUCAGAGAAGAAAACAGUUGUGUCAGAAAAAUUAACUUCGAGUGCCAGAUAGUGAGUUCUGAUUUUAAUUCAUUCAUUCAUUCUGGGAAGGGAAAUUAUUGUUAACAGGACAGGAUUUGGUAGCUCAGACAGUAUUAUUAAAUUGGCUGAAUUACCAUUAUAUAGAGUGUAUUAUAAUUUCAUGUCACAAAGUCCACCUCCCAGGAGGGUUGAACAUGCGUUAGUUAACAUGUGUCUAGGAGAGAGGGAGAAAUAAAGGUAAAGAGAAUGAAAAAGGGAAGUUAAAGCAGAGAUUAGUGUCUCUGCCUCAUCGCUCCUCCUCUCAGUCCAUCUGUCCUGGAAGGAGCUGAAACCUUAAUCUUGUUACAAAGGGUGGAGCUUUAGUCAGAGUGUUGUAGACCUUAAGCAAACUAUUUCCAUAGGUAGUAUAUUAUGUACACAUUUUAAUAUUUGAAUGAUUUAUUAUAAGACAAAUGGCACAAAAAAAUAUUUUUGUUGUAAAAUCAAAUCUUUAUUUUUAUAUAGAUGAACUAUGUAUAUGUGAAAUUAUGUCUGGUUCAUUUAAGAGGAAUAAAAAGAACAAAAAAUAAUGCCGGCCUAUUUGAAGUCAAACAACUCACAGAGAAAUAGUUUCUAUGAAGGUUUAAUAGCAUCCACAUACUCAACAACCAGUGCAUUUUCUAUGAUUUGUGGGUCUUUGUGGACUUUCUUGAUUUGUGGUACAACCGAAAACACAUUCAAAGCCUGAGUCUGUUGCAGUGUCUUUGUCUUAACAGACUUUAAGUUGUCAUGGGCUGAAAAAUGAUGCCACUAGUAACAGUUAAGGAGUUAAGAUAACAGCAUAACAUACGCAUCUCAUCUCCCGGUGUUAUUCAGUCUAUCUGUACUCAAUCAUUUCUGGUGGAUAGUACAGUUUCUGGCCUUUCUUAUUUCUUCCAGUACUGGCUCUGUGUUCUUCAAAAUAUUUCUUGUAUCCAUCCCUGAUAUAGCCUAUGUAUAUUUUUUAAAGUAAAAAUAUAUAUCAUUAAAACAACUAUCUGA